AUGCAGGACGACGACGAACAUGGUUCGCCUCUCGCCCUCCACCACCUCCGCCUAAGCCACGCCACUUCCACCCUUCCCUACUGUUCGACCUCGGUCGCAGCGUGUGCGUCAGCCUCGCAGUCCUCUGUUUGGUCCCAUGGCUCCUCCGACUCUUUGUCGCAGAGCAUUAUCGACGACGUCUCGUUCGAUUGUCUGUCGACGAUCUCUUCACAAACAUCUGUCAGCAGUCAUGGCAGUGUAUGCCUGAGCAGCCAGCAAGGAGCCGAUGCGAAGCUUGCGGCCGCCCGUACUUGGCAGACCCAGCAGCAGCAACUCCAGCGCUUGCAGCAGCAGCAGCAGCAGACCGCCCCUGUCGCUGCCUCGCUACGGCAGCACCCGCGCCGGUCCAGCGUUGCCCCGGCCGUUGUGCCCUCUCUCCUUCGCCAGUCUGAACGCAGAACUACAUUUGUUGACCAUCUUGUCGAUGCGUCCACCCAGAUCGUCCAGGCCAUUUGGCCUCUGUCGUCGGUUAUCGGACGUGGCGAGAGCGUCAACAGCUCGAGCAACAGCAGCUACUUGCUGCCACUGCGCACCUUCAUCCAGGAGACGCUGCGCCGCUCGCGCGCCAGCUACUCUACUCUGCAGGUCGCCCUGUACUACCUUCUCCUGAUCAAGCCUCGCUUGCCCAGCCACAACUUUACCAUGGAGCAGUCAACCGACAGCCACGCCUGCCGCGCGUUGCAGUGUGGUCGCCGCAUGUUCCUGGCCGCGCUUAUUCUCGCGUCCAAGUACCUGCAGGACCGCAACUACUCGGCCCGUGCCUGGAGCAAGAUCUCUGGUCUCAGCACGGCCGAGAUCAACCAGAACGAGACCGCGUUCCUGCAUGCUGUUAACUGGCGCCUGCACAUCACCAACGAAGUCUACAACAAGUGGAUCGAAUGUGUCAACCGCUUUAACUCGCCGCAACUGCCUCCCUCCCCAGGCCCUGCCGUGGUCGACGGGUUCGAGCGCAAGUGCUUUGAGUUUCGUAUCCUUAUCCAGAAGCUGUCGCCGGAUCUUGAGAACCUUGAUGAGCUCUGCGGUCCGUCAACACCUGUUGUUGUUCGCCGCAGCAGCUCGUGCCAAAUCGUCGGUGGUGCUCUGUCGCCCGUGUCGAUGUGCUCGUCGCCCGAGGCCAGUGCCGACAGCCCGCUUCCUUCGACUGAGACCACCCCACUCGCUACGAAGUUUAGCGGUGCUAUGUCUGGUGUUGUCAACAACAACGGUGUCGUCGCCCCGGCCCUGGGUCUCUUGCCUACGCCGAAGCUGGUCCCACCUCAAGCCGGUAUCUUCAACUGCACCUCCGCGCCCGUUGCCUCCGCUCCCUCUGCUGCUCAGAUGCUCUCUGGUAACCGCUCUUCAAUGUGCUUUGCUGUUGCCCAGGCCUCGUCGGCGAGCUCUGCUCAGUUCCUCGACCGCUGGCCUCCUGCGCUGCCCACGUCGUCCACGUCGCCUGUCGGUUGCAAUCUGACGCGCCGCUCCUCCCUCGCCAACUCGGUCUCCACGGCUUCGUCGCCCGAAUCCAUGAUCUCGGACUCGUCUCUCGUCUCUCGUGCUUCUUCUGUUGCCUCGUCUUGGUCUCUGAUGAAUGCGCCGGGUGGCCAGCUUCCCAAGCUGGACACUCAGGCGCGGCACCGGUUUCUCAAGCACCAGAUCAGCAGCAGCAGCCUACGUGAGAAAAGCUGCUUCGGUCUGAGAGCGGCGGGCAACAUUCCUGCCGUGGUUCCCGAGGACUACGAGGUGAGUGACGACUGCAGCUCUGCCGUUUUCGCCUCUCCCGAGACGAUGACCUACACUGGACCCGUUGGCAGUGACGCUCUCGGCGCACGCCGGUCGAGCGAGGUGGACGCGACGGAUGCCGCUCGUGCCCUGGCGGAUCUGCAGCAGCAGUCCUUCACCGUGGACAACGACAGCAGCAAGCCCCGUGCGGGCCUCAAGAGAAGUCGCCCCGUUUCUGGCGAUGCGACUUACCUGCAGGACAAUGUCCGCGACCUCCUCCGCGGAAGUCUACCCAACGACACCAGCAAUUGUGGCCUCGAGGCGAUGGUUGUUGGCCACCCUGCCAAUGCUCAGGUUCCGCAACAUCAGCUGCUGUCUGUGGCUCCUUCGGAUCUGGACAUCCAGGCUGCAUCCCGUGCGUCUGCCCUGACUGGUAGCCGGAAGCGGUUCUGCCGCACCACGUCGGCCGACAUCGCGCCGACUGCGAACACCAUUUCAUACGGUAUGGAUCUGCAGCAUCCAUCCAUGAGUGGACUUUGUGGUCCCGGCAUGUGGCAGGGAAUCUUGAACUAG